AUGUCAACUGCAAUCAAGACCAAUGGCACUACCAACGGCGUGGGCGACGAGCACAUCACUGACGCCUACGUCGACUUCAUUGUCGACGCCAAAUAUGAAGCACUCCCAGAAAAAGCCAUCUCAAAGUUAAAGGACCUAAUCAUUGAUCACAUCGGCGUUGCUGCUGGCGCUGCUCUUGGCUCUGACUCGAGCGCUCCCAUCUUCAAGGGCAUACAGGCAUUCAGUGCUGGCACAACUGGCUCUUGUACGGUCUACACUAAAGGGCACAAUUUUGCUCCUCAAUACGCCGCUCUGCUGAACGGUGCUUUCGCUCACUCCUACGAUUUCGAUGAUACAUACGCGCCAGGAACUGUCCAUCCUGGUGCAUCAGUGAUUCCUGCAACUCUUGCUCAAGCUCAAGUCACAGGAGCAUCUGGCCAGGAUGUCCUAUUAGCCAUUGCGGUAGGCUAUGAGAUAGUCUGUCGGCUCUCUCGCGCCCUAGGCGCCGGUUCGUAUACACGCGGCUUUCACAACACAGCAACCACAGGUAUCUUUGGAUCAAUUGGCGCCAUUUGCAAGCUUCGCGGCCUUCCUCGUCAGGUCGUAGUCGAUGCCCUUGGCUUGGCUGGCUCGAAGGCGUCUGGCUCAAUGCAAUUCCUGCACAACGGCAGCUGGAACAAGCGCUUACAUCCAGUCGGUCUGCUGCAUGCCUUCAGCGAGUCGUCAGACACUCAUGGUCUGACCGAAGCUCUGGGUUCGCACUGGGAGUUCCCACUCACUGCUCUGAAACCAUUCAGCGCCUGUCGAUACACGCAUACUGGCAUUGAGAUCGUCAAUAAUGUAGCAAAGGAACUCGGCCGAGACAACAUGCCAAAGAAGAUGGAGGUCCGACUUGGAAAGGCAGGUUACGGCAUUGUUGGAACGCCAGUCCCCGGCAAGCUGUCACCUCAGAAUCUUGUCGAUGCUCAAUUCAGCAACUACUACCAGCUCGCUGUGACAUGGUUCCACGGCGCAGGCAUCGGCUUCGCAGCGUACGAUGAUGACAAAUUUAACGACAAGCGCGUUCGGGAGCUGUGUGGUCGUAUCAGCCACAUCGAAGACCCGGAAUGUCCUGUAUGGGGCACAAUCAUCGAUAUCGAAAUGGAAGAUGGUAAGAAGAUACACAAGAUGAUGGAAUGGCCUCUUGGCGAAGAGCAGCAUCCGUUCAGCCCGGCCCAGGUCAGAGAAAAGUUCCAUGGGCUGGUCACCAAGGUAUACGAUGACGCUCGGGCUGGAGAGAUCGUGAAGGCGGUUGAUGGUAUCGAAAGCAGCAAAGUUGCAGAUAUCCUCAAGUUAUUGUAG